ACCCUUACGUUACUCUACAUAUCUGCCCUUCCAUUUCGGCUUCCGCCACUGUCUUGCGCCUCCAUCUGUAUUGGCUAUGGCUCGGUUUCAAGGUUAUGGUUCAGCUAGAGUACAACCUGCCGAAUGCUUGGCACCACGAUUUCUCUGUAUAAUUACUAUUUAAAAGACAAUAACAAGAGCUUUUAAGAAGUCAGUGUUAGUGAAGUUGGAAGACUUGCGUGUUAACUCCUACUGCAAUGUUGCUGAGGUUCUUAAGAAAAUAGACAUAUCUAAGAAUACUGUAUUUGGUUGGAUGUUAAGAAUAGAAGACAUGUCUUGGCUGAGUGGGCAGUUGAUUUUGGGAUUGAUUGGAAACUUUGUGAUUGAAGUUAAUGGAAACACAAAUGACUGUGUCAUCAGGUUUCACAUUAAAGACAGUGUCAUCAGCUGCCAGAAGCAUGAUCUUGCAGUAAUGUGUGCUUUAAAGUUUGGAGCUGUGAAGCCAAAUAUUUCCGAAUAGCUUGAAGGAGAUAUAUGGACAAAUUAUUUAGGAGCCAAGACAACUGUGACUUGUGUAGAUAUUCAGAAUGCAUUGAAGAAUUACAAGAGCAUUGAUGAUAGUAGACUGACAAAUGAUGGAGUCAAACUGGCACUACUAUACAUACUUUCACAUUGCUUAUUUGGGAAUCAAUCUGCUAGACCCAUGAAGGCAUACUACAUAAAUUUAGUUAAUGACUUGGAUGCAUUCAAUGCUUAUCAAUGGAGUGAUGACGUUUCGGUGGACUUAGUUAACAAGGUGAAACAGAGCUGUGAGGCACUAGAUAAAGGAAAAGUAGACAGAGUAACAUUCCCUGGCUUCAUAGUGGCAUUCCAGUGGUGGGCAUUUGAAACUUUUCCUGAUUUAGCAAAGGUUGGCUUGUGCAAAUUCAUCAAGGGGACGACACAUCAUACCAAGGACUCUAAAGUGGUAGUUUAAAAAAACCUACACUGGAGGUCCUUUCUGAAAUUAUAUUCAAGAAUGACAAGUUUGAAUGGACACAUAUAGUACCAACUGCAGAUGAGAUUGUUAUGAUAGAAGAGGGAAAUGACAUAAAUGAGGAGGUGAUGCACCUUGUGAUUAACAAUGUUGGCAGGAUUGAUGCUCAAAAGCCAAAUACUAUUGUAGCAAAAGAGAAACAAAAGGUGAUGCAGACCAGAGUAGCCAAAAGAAAAACAACAAAAGUUGGGAGGGGCACGGGUAAAGCAAUCAAAUCUCAAGAAGGACCUUCUAGAAGAAGAAGAAACCAGACUACAGUAGAAAAAGAGAGUGAUGAUGAUUCAAGUGAUCAAGAAAGUGAUGAAGGUGAAGAGACCGAUAGUGAUGAUUCUAGUGAGAGUGGAAGGGAAGGAGAUAAGUAUGUAGUCUUCAUGAACAAAGACAGCAAAAGUAUUAAAAAGAGCAUGAGAAAACAAGCAAAGGAGUUUGCCAGAUUAGUGGUAGAAAUGAAAAAUAUGAAGAAGACUAAAAAAAAGCAAGAGGAUAUUUUGAAAGAUGUCAUUCUGAUGCUCAACAAAAUGUCACAGAGUGUUGAGAAGAGUGAGCCCCUACAAAAGCAACUGCAGAGGGUGAUACAGAUGAAGAAGAAAAUGGAGAAGAAAAAGAAGAAAAUGAAAAAGAAAAAGAAGAUGAUGUGAUAGCCAUGACUAGGCCAGAUUCUGAGAAUGAUGUUGUUGAUAUGGCUGUGCAAGAGAAGACUGGGUUGAUGAAUGCAGAGGCUGAGGAUGGUGUUGUACAGAAUGAUGAUGUUGUAGAAAAUGAGAAUGCUGGUAUAGAGAAAGAGGUUGCAAAUGUUGAGAGUGACCAUUCAUGUGUGAAUAAGGAUGCUAAUGCAGAGGCCGAGGAUGCUAAAGAAGAGACUGAGGAUGCAGAAAGAAAUGAAAAGGAAAUGCAAGAGAAGAACACUGAGGAGAUAGAAAAGAACACUGAAGAAGCAGUUUGUGACAUGCCUACAUUCAAAAUACUCACUCAGUCUCAAGGUAGUGAGAAAAAAAUUGAAGACAAUGUCCAAAUGCAAGAGGAGGGACUACCUGCACAGGAAGAUAAGAAAGACACUGGUGAGUCUGGUUGGGGGAUGGGCUCACAGGAAAAUAGUCAGUUUGUCCAAGAGAUGUGCAGGAGUGCAGAUGAAGUGGCAAAAAAGGCUUUUGGGAGCUAUUCUUCUAAUCCAUGCAGAGCACUCGUAAUAACUGAUCAGGAGGAUCUUCCCAAACAAAAGCGUGUUGUUAGGUCACCAAUGAAGUACAUGGGAACUGAGCAUGCAUCAAAGAGGAAGAAGAGAGAAAAGAGAAAGAAAAGAGAAGAUGAAUUUCUGCCACCUUUGAAGAAAAUAAUUGGACCUUUCUCUGAAGAUCCAACAGAGAACCUACUGGUUGAAGAAAUAUAGAGGGUGAAACAAUACGUGGAAGUUGGAUUGGUGAAGAACUUCACAAAAAACAAAACUGGCAGAAGGUACAAAAAGGACGAAGACAGAAUGACCAACAAACUAAUUUUGCUAGAUACAAUGAAAGUUGAAUAAAAAAUGGUUAUAUGACCUGUUUAUGAAUGACCAAUGGAUCACUGACAAGGUACGCAUACAAAUGAUCAUAUAUUUGUCAGUUUAAUUACAGUGUAAAUUUAAAUAAAUCUGAGUCAGUACAGAAUGACAUUAUCAGUUAGUUUGCUUUACCAUUAAUUGCUAAAUGUGUAUUUACUUCUUACAGCAUGUUGAGGUAGUAAUGUACUAUUUGGGCAUGAAAAGGGUGCAUUACAAACUGUCACCGAAGUAUACCACAACUGGCCCUUUUUCUUGCAAAUACUCAAGCGUGAACUUGACACAAUAUCAAAGGGGUACAAAACCUACCACAAGUCAGCAGAACAAGAAAACAUUGUGCAUGAAAUAAUAGGUGCUAACAACUAUAGCCUACACUGGAGCAAAGCAAACUAUGUGUACUUUCCUUUGAAUACUGGUAAUCAUUGGGUGUUGUUAGUACUAGAUAUCAAGCAAAUAAAAGUUAGGGUGUACAAUUCAAAUACCAUAAGAGGUGAUUCACUGAGGGUUAUCAGAUCCUAUUAUGCAAGCAUAACUGUGCUCCUGCCCAGAAUUAUGGAUUAUUACAGAGUCUAUGAACUGAUGGGUGAAGAGAGUAUGGGUGAAAGGUAUUUGGAAGUUGAGCCUAUAGAAGGAUGUCCACAACAAGAUGAUGGGUCAUAAGAGCAUAUAAAUUUACUUGAAUAGAUUGCGUAAUAGUGAACUUCUUUUUUAUUUUAAUUUUUUUUGCUUUAUGUUAUGCAUCAGGGGGAAACUGUGGAAUAUACAUGUUGAAGAUGGCAGAAUUUCUAAUGGUAGAGAUGGACAUGGAUGCCAUAUAUCCUGAAGCAAUACCCUUGUUUAGGGAAAAAAUGGUAACUAAGUUGGUUCAAUACAUCCAGAGAAGGCAGGCUGAGAAAGAAUGAAGUGUAGCUUUUAAUUUAAUAUGUAAUAGUACUUUUGGAACAUCCAGUACAUUUGUUUUUAAACAAUUAUGCUUAUCCUUUAUUAUUGUUUUGAAACAAUUAUGUUUAUCCUUCGUUAUUGUUUUUGAACAACAUGUUGUUUGACUUUGUUAUUGUUUUCGAACAGAACGUAUGAACAUAUGUUUCAAAUGGUAAUGGUUCAUACUUCAUAGGA